UUUUUCUCCCUUUUAUUAUGAUACAAUUUAAUUAUUAGUAAUAAUAAAAUACAUUUUCUUGUUGAAAAUUUUUUUAAUAGGAAUGCUACAAUCUCUAGCAAUAACUGAACUAAAACAAGAAUAUUUUCAAACUAAUUAUUCUAAACUUAUUCAUUUUCAUAAGUACGUAAUAACCAGAAAUUACUGUCUCUUCAACAAUUCUCAAAUUACCAGAGUUACCCAACAGGGUAAAAAAAAAACUAAAAAAAAACACUAAUUAUGAUUUUCACGGGCAAAAAUGUGACACAUUCAAUCGGCCCAAAUUAGAAAAACACUGAUGGGAAAACACCCCUAUUAAUACCACUCGUGUGUACCAAACCGCAUCUUUGUGGGGUUUACCCUUUACAAAUUUAUGUUUUUACGUUGUAAUGCAUUUGUGCAAACCUCAAAGUUUUGUUCUGUGCAUCAGAAAGCAGGCAAACAGUUACGUAUGCAUGACAAGCAGAGAAUCCCCUGCGUCAUCCACCCUGUUUAACGUUCAUAGACUUCUGUUCUUCUUAAGACUUCAUACAGAUUGUAUUCUUUGAUCAUUAAAUACAUUUGUAAAAAUAAGUGUUUCAGUUUAAAAUGUUCCAAAAUUUGAAAUUAAAUUAAUAUUAGAUAAAUAUUAAUAAAAUCUUUGGAAAUCAAUGUAUAUUGGAAAUUCUGAUUAAAAAAAUCAUUUUUUUAGAAUUUAACUUCCAUCUUGGUUUGUGAAGCAAAAUUUUCCUACUAAAAUCCAUGUGAUGCUUGUCUGCUUCAUUAGAAAUGGAGUGUGUGUGUGUGGGGGGGGGGGUGACCAAUACAUGGGACUAAAAAAAAAUCCCCUAACAUGUAUAAGGCAUGUUUAACCAUUUCCCUUUCUGGAACGCUCCUCCUAUUUGCUUUUUGACAGAGUAUAAAUCAGGAGAAGAAAUGGGUCCAACAUUAUCUGUCAUUCUGACACUUCCAGCUGAAUUCUAGGAGGAUUCUUCUGUCAGAGGCUCGUCCGCGUCCACUGAUCCUCCAGCUCUUCUCCUCCUCAUCAUCAUCAUCUUCAGCAUGGCUCCGUGGUCUCACCUCCUGUGCGUUCUGGUUCUGCUCUCCGUCUUGGCCGAGACCUUGUCCACUCCCAUCUGCAACAACCAGUGCUGCCGCUUCGUGGAGGGCUUCCCUGCCAGGCUCAGGGAGCUGCGCGUCAGCUUCUUACACAUCAGAGACUUCUAUACAGCCAACGAUGAUUUGGACUCUGCGCUGCUGGACCAGACAGUCGAGGACUCCAUUAAGAGCGAUUUCGCUUGCCAAACCAUCGACAGCAUCCUGGGCUUUUACCUGAGCACCAUCCUGCCCAAAGCGGCGGCCAGUGCGACCGACGACACGGCCAACCUGAAGCCGCAUGUGGAGUCCAUACAGGAGAUCUUCGACCAGCUCAAGAGUGAUGUCACCCAAUGUAGACACUACUUCUCCUGCAAGAAACAUUUUGACAUAAGUAAUUUAACAUCUACUUAUAAUAAGAUGGCAAAUAAAGGUCUGUUCAAGGCCAUGGGAGAGCUGGAUUUGUUCUUCAACUACAUCGAGUCGUACCUGGCGUCCCAGCGGCGUGCGUGAUGACGUGCUGACUCUAACCUGGAUCCUGAGUGUCUGAUUGUUUGGUGUCUGUGUGUUCUAUUAUGCUGCUGAACUGCUAUCUUUGCUUCAAAGACUCGAGUUUACACCUUUGUCCCAAGGACAAAUUUCCAUGUAAAGACCACAUUGUGUCGAACAAAUCUAAAUCUUUAUGAUGAAGAUUCUCCGUUGAGUUCUUAAGUUAUUCAGAAGUGAAGAAGCCACUGGGAUGAACAGAAAAAGUCUUUCAGUUUGAAGUCCAGUUGCACUGAAAAACAAAAAUCUGUUUUAUAUAUUUAUAUUUUUUGAAUUGUGUAACUUAAAGAAUUUUUAUAUUUAUUAUGAUGUAUUUUCUGCUUUUAAAAAUAAAG